AUGGCACCCAACUCUUACCCCAUCGUCGAGGACAACACUGAGGGCAACUAUGACAUCACUCCCAACCGCAAGCCCAACUGUGACAACGAUCCUCUCCCAGAUACCACCAAUUUCUCUUUGAUAUUGCUAGGAUACCUUGUCGACUUCGACAAGAUCCAUGAUUACCAAUGCCAAUUUCGGUAUGAGAACCCCACUCAGGCCCAGCAAGUCGGGCUACAGGCCGCCAUCGUCACCAACAUCGAGGAACAGUUCGCUUCGCUUAAAAAGCUGUUUAUUGAGAGCAACAAGUGCGAGAAAUGUCGGAAGUCGCCAAUGGUGGCUGGUUCGGUCCACGCAGCCUUUGCCAAUGCCAGCACCCAGGCGAUCUGGGAUGAACUCAUCGAUGGAGUUGAUGAGAUGAAGAAGUUUCCGCUGGAUGUUACCCCAUUGCACAUGGAGUUUAUCAAGAGGAAUUUUGAGAAGCUGGAGCAUGCUUACCGCCGAGACAAUGUGGCUGCUGCUGGUCUAUGCUGA